AUGCUUUUCAAUUUAGUCUCCUUGCGAUUAAGGAGUGUGAAAAAUAUCCAGAAGAUUACAAAAUCCAUGAAAAUGGUAUCAGCUGCCAAGUUUGGUAAAGCAGAGAGGGAAUUACGUCCCGCAAGAAUUUAUGGAGCUGGUGCUUCAGGUAUGUAAAUUUAACUGAAUUCACUUCCACUCACAAUCUUGUUCUUGAAAAUGAGAACAGAGGAUAGAGAAACAGUGUGAAUUUUUGUACAUGAACAUGUUAACAAAUGCUUUUGUUGAUCUGAUCACGGCUUACAUGUUUUUCCUCAGCUUUGUAUGAUAAAGUUGAAAUCAAACCAAGUGAUGUGGACAAGACAACACCCAAAAACCUCAUAGUUGUGAUGUCAUCUGAUCGUGGAUUGUGUGGUGGGAUCCAUUCUAACUUGGUGAAGGCUGUUAAGGCUGCUUUGGGAGAAAAGCAGGUUGAUGACAGUACAAAAAUUGUGGCAUGUGGAGAGAAAGCAAGGCAGUUGUUUCUACGAACACAUGGUAAGUGGAUAGAAUUUCAAGGAAUUUAUUGAUUAAUCCAGAGCAGGAAACAGUGUAUAAGCUGUACCUUUUUUUCUGAAAAUUUCCACAACAAAUCAGGGCUGUGAUUUAUCUCUGAGAGCAUCUGGUGAACAUGCCACAAACUUGCUUAACCCUUUCACUCCCACAAGUGACCAAGACAGAAUUUCUCCUUACAAUAUCAAUACAAUAUCAAGCAGGCAGGUGAUGAGAAUAGAGAAGAAUAUCAAUCAUGGGAUUAUUAGUUGAUCCAAUACCAAAUUCUCUGAACUAACAUCACAAGAAUUGUAUGGCAGAUAGUAAGGAGAAUUACUAAUCAGAUCUUGGGAGUGUAAGGGUUAAAUUAGCACUAUCUGUGGCAAUUUUCAUAAGUGAAGUCUUUAUAGCAAACUAAAAAGAGGUAAUUAACCCUUUAACUCCUGUGAGUGACCAAGACAGACUUUCUCCUUUCUAUAUCUAUACACUAUAAUGCAGACAAGUCAUGAGAAUAAGGAAAAAUAUCAAUUGAUCUGAUACCAAAUUCUCCAAACUAAUAUUGUACCUUAUAUAUUAAGGACUGGGGAAGUUGUUUCUUAUUGGUUUUGUUCAUAAUAAACCGCCUCCUAAAGAUUUCUUUUUAGCUUUUUUUUAAAUAUAUUUAUUAUUGUUUGUUAGGUGACUACUUGCUGAUGAGCUUUUCAGAGAUUGGUAAAAGGCCUCCUCAGUUCUGUGAAGCCACCUUCAUUGCCCAGGAAAUCCUUGAUAGUGGAUUCCAGUAUGAUAUGGGGGAGAUGUAUUAUAACUGGUUUAAGUAAGUUGUACAUAUUCAGGAUUGUUGUGUGGUGCCAAAAAAAUUUACUGUAUGAAAAUGUGGUAAUCAUCAGCUGGAUUUUUCAGCUGGUGAUCCCUUCACAAAAACAUGCAAAGCACCUUCUGUGAGGCACCAUCUUUGAGCAGCCUUACUUUGAAUUUCAGCUGGUAGCCUAAUCUCUUACCUUUAGCCCUGCAUGUAUAUUCUUAAUGGUACAAGACAAAUAUGAGAAAUUUUUCAGUUCAGUAUUUGUGAGUGAAAGACAAACAAAGUGAGUUUUUUUUCAUCAGGUCAGUGGUUUCAUACAAGACUCAGACAAAACCACUUCACUCGUUUGAUACUUUGAAUUCUGUCUCAGGAGGUAAGGAGAAUUACAUGAAUUUGUUUAAUCAUAAUCAAGUAUAAGCAUUUAUUUCAAUUGUGUGAGUGAUUAUAAUGCAAACAAUCAUGCAUUCUGAUUGAUCAAAGUGUGACUUACCUUAACACUAUACCUCCUGUGGGUGACCAAGACAGAAUUUCUCCUUACAAUAUCCAUACAGUAUCAAGCAGAUAAGUGAUCAGAAUAAGAAAAAUAUCAACAAGGGCACUGCUAGUUGAUCCAAUACCAAAUUCUCUAAACUAACAUCGUUAGAACUGUAUGGCAGACAGUGUGCAGAAUUUGUGAUGAUAUCUUGGGAAUGAAAGGUGAAUACAAGAGACCAAAGCAAGCAGAUUAUGAGACUGUGGCCAUAAUUUCUUUUAUCUCUUUAUUUUUUGAGAUAGCAUGGGCUAAAAGUGAAGAACAUGCUUUGCUCUAUAAUCUGUCGACUGAAAUUUUCCCUACUUCCAACAACUGGCUUUGUCAUUCAAUCAGCAUUAGCACCCAACCAAUAUAUGGCAGGCACAAGUGUGACCCUUAUCCAAGCCCAAAAUUUUCUUAAGCUUCUUUUGGUGCAGUUUUUUCAAUAGAAAUGUGCACUGUAGCUGUGAGGAAAAUUGUGGUAGUUAUUUGUUUAUCAUGUGAAGAAUUUUCUCAAACAACUGUCAUUUUUCUCAGUUUUACAUUUUGGUAGCUUUACUUGUAUCUCUGGGGCAAGUAACUCUUUGACCCGUAGGAGUGACUAGUGUCUAAUUUCUCCUUCCAUUUUUACCCCUGAAUCACUUGAGGUCAGGAGAACAAAGGAAAUGAUCACUAGCUAAAGAAGCUCUUGAUUGUUUAACAAUUUCUCCUUAACAGCACCUUAAAAAAUGUAUGGAGAACAGUAAGAAGAAUAUGGCUACUGAUGUUAGGGUGCAAAGGGUUAAAAUCUAACUUUUCUUGUGGAUUUUGGAUUCUUAGACACUCUGAGUACCUAUGAUGACUUGGAUUCUGACGCGAUAAAGAACUACUCUGAGUUCUCUUUGGCUAGUCUUUUGUUUUAUGGCAUGAAGGAGGGAGCCUGCAGUGAGCAGAGCUCUCGCAUGACUGCAAUGGAUAGUGCUAGUAAAAAUGCGGGUGAGUAAAUUUUCAACACUCAAUUGUAAAUUGCUCUAAAGUGCUGGAUAACGUGUUAUCAAUCAGAUGUGGCUUUUUCCAAAUGAUUUGUAAUCCUAGCCAUCCAAGAUACUGGAUGGUAAAAUUGCAACCGAGUGACGGUUUUUUUUAAAAAUUCCCCACAUCUCUUGAAGCGUUAGCUAUACAGGGCUUAUUCAGUGAUCAUUUUAUCUUCCAAUAUUCAUAACUGUUGUUCAUGUGAUUUGUUCAGAGAAUGAGUAUUUCAGCCCCAAAAGAUCUACAAAAGAAUUUCACCCUCAUCAAAGUUUACUAACUGUCUCGAUCUCUCUUAAAGGUGAAAUGAUUGACAAGUUGACUUUGACAUACAAUCGAACUCGCCAAGCUGUGAUUACAAGAGAAUUGAUUGAGAUCAUCUCAGGAGCUGCUGCAUUAGAUUGAACUGAGAACAAUUAAGUAAUGUUUGUAACUGUUGAAAUAAAGAAGCACUUGGAGGUGUGUUUUCAUCCUUGACAAAAUUUGUUCUUGAAUUGUACUCACGAUAAUGCGUAUCGAGUCAUCUCCUGAAGGGAAAUUUUGUGAGACUCGCCACCUAUUGUGUUUUUGCUUGAAAAUGCGUACUUUUUUUAGAAUUGUUUUUGCCUUUCAUCCAC